UCAACAUCCUGCGACGCGUUCGAUCAAAACAGCGCUGAGCUGAAUGAUAUAUUUUCUUUUAAUACCUCUAAACUUUUUGUUUUGUAAAUGUUGUAGCCUAUGUUUAGUAUGUGAGUAACCUGCGGCGCUUUAAAGAAAACCCUGUGCUUCAGAUGGCUGAAGUGAGAAAGCUGCAGAAGAAGCUGAGACAGAUUGAGAAUCUGGAAAUCAAAAUCAGUCUUACCCCAGAGGAGAAAUUCAAGAUCUCCAGGAAGGCGGAGCUGCGUUCCAGAUUGGCUGAGCUUCAGCUGCAGCUUUCUGGCCUGCAGGAAACACUGGGGAUUGUGGGAGACGGAAAAGCUGAAGAGAUGAAAGACAAGGGUGAGGAUAUGAGGGAGAGGGAGGAUGCCCAUGAGGUCCUUCCAUCACCGUCGCCUCCAGCCUCCAAGAUCCUGAAGGGAGAAAUGCAAUCCAAAGCUCAAGCACCACCGUCGCCGGCUGCCAGAUGGGGAGACACAGGAGGGCAAGAAGGGAUAGGCAGACGACAAGGAACGCCAGAAGAUGUUUCAGCCCAAGCAAACUUUGACAAGGAGCAGCAACUUAAACAGGAAGAUGCUGAAUUUACAUCCCUCAAGGGAAUGUGGGAAAAGACAAAGUUUCGCUUGAGACUGUUGGAGGGGCACAGUGACAUAGUCACUUGUGUGGUUGCCGUUGACAACCUGGUGGUCUCUGGAAGCCGAGAUACGACAGUGAAGGUGUGGCAUGUUCCCACAGCAACGGAGUACAAGAACCUGGGAGGUCACAGUGGCGGGGUCACCUGUCUGUCUGCCCCUCCUCCAGAGUACUGCAAGAGGUUGGCGUGGACCCUGUCUUUGUCUGAUCAAGAGAGGUUUAUUAUAAGUGGUUCUGCAGACUGCAAUGUGAAGAUCUGGGCUUUAAACGUUGGCCAGUGUGUUAAGUCUAUAUACACGUUCAACGCUGUGACUGCUCUCUGCUUUGUGUCAGAAGAAGAUGGCUAUAUUGUCGUGGGAUCAGAUGGGGGCAAAGUUCAAGCCUGGAGCUGGCACACUUUUGAAAACUGUCAGUCUGUCAACGCUCACCAAGAAGCAGUCACUUCCAUCCAGUCUCAGGGUCCACUGGUGUUCACUGGCUCAGCCGAAGGAGGGGUGGCUGUUUGGGAGAAUCGCUACUCAGGACGCGACCCCCUGAAGCUCCUGCAACACUGGAGUGGUCAGGUUACGGGUUGUGGAGGGGGGCCUGGUGGUCGUUUGACCCUCAGCCCUCGGGGGGACCGACUGUUCCUGGCCUACGGUCAAGCCUGGCUCAAGAUCCUGCACUGGAGGAUUGGAACAACAUCCAAACUGACCAAUCACAGUAGUAUCACCGGGGUAACAGAUUGUGUUCACCAGACAGGAGGUCUACUAAUUGGCUCCUGCUAUGACGUGGCAACUGGAGAGAGCACGUUAAAUGUAUUCUCUCUGCCUCAGUGUAGUUAUCUGACCUCCCUGACCUGGGCUGCUGCUCCUCGAAUUCUCUGCUUCGCAGCGUGGACCACAGGGAGCGGAGAUCACCGGUGGGUCACUGGAGGUCGUGACCUCAUCGUAUGGGAGCAGCUCCCCAGAUCCGGAAAGCAGAGGGGGGAUGUCACAGCACGGCGAAACAGCCGACUGGACUUCUCUUUGCUGGAGUCGGAGGGAGACACAGCAGAAGACGAGGAGACUGACGAUGAAGAGGACGACGACAAUGAAAGAGAAGCCAGUCCGACUAAAGGCGGCGGAGGCUACGCCUUGUGGUUUCAUUGUGUUCUUCAACUCUACAUGUCUCAGUCGCUAAGGCAACCGAUGCUUUUUUCUCCUCCUUACUUGCUCUCUGUAUCUCCCCCUUUCUCUCCGUCUCCUUCUCUCAUUCCCUCUCUCCACUGCCAGAGACAGAGAUGAUCGGAUGAGUGUAGUCUCAGUGAACAGAACGAAGCGAUGGAGAGAUGCUCCAUCUCUCUUGUCGCACGACUGACUGCCCUCGUCUCCCUCCUCCUGGUUGCUCUGGUGACACAGCCUUCCACCUGUAACCGUG